AACUUUUCCUUCCUGAUUGUCAUUUGGCAGAGCCAGGGAGCCCCAGUCUUGAGCUAGGACUUUCUUUACAGAUUCUAUUAUUUUUUUCUGUCUUCAUCUUUCCUUUUCUCCUGAGAAGUUCUAUUCAUCACUUAUUGAAAUGACUGUGCAGCUCACAAUCAGGCAACUCCCCUUCUUUUUACCAAGCUUAUAUCACAUUAUCAAGUCAUAAAAUCAGGACUAUCUUUCACAAAUGGACAACAGCCCUCCUUCUGCAUUCCCAAGAAAGAUUACAAGGCAUCUCACCUUUCCACUUCUUGCUGUGACACUCCUCUCAUCAUUUGGAUCAUCCACAUUGUAUGGCUUCAAUCUGGCUGUGGUAAACUCUCCAGCAGCGCACAUCAAAGCCUUCUAUAAUGCAACAUGGUACCAACGCUAUGGGCAAGGCCUGGCUCAAGGACCUCUCACUCUCAUGUACUCCCUGACUGUCUCCAUUUUUGCCCUGGGAGGCUUGGUGGGGUCAUUUCCUGUGGGAAUACUGGUCACUCAGUAUGGGAGGAAUGGCACUUUGGUCCGUAGCAACUUUCUUGUUCUGUUGGCUGGCAUGUUAAUGGGAUUCAGCCGCUACUUGGGAUCCCCUGAAAUGGUCAUUUUGGGGCGCUUCAUUAUAGGGAUUCAUUCUGGCAUCUGUCUCAGUGUGGUGCCCAUGUACCUGGGAGAAAUUGCCCCAAAGAACCUACGGGGAUUUCUGGGCCUUGUUCCAAGCACCUUCAUCUGUCUGGGGGUCUUCUCUGCCCAAGUCCUAGGCCUUCCAGAGCUUUUGGGGGAGGAUGCCUACUGGCCUCUUUUCCUCUCUGUAGUGGUGGUUCCUGCUUUUCUGCAGCUCUUGCUACUGAAUUGUUUUCCUGAAAGCCCUCGUUACUUGCUUAUUGAGAAAAAUAAUGUCCAUGGAGCUGCUGAAGCAUUACGCUGGUUCCUUGGUAAACAUAAUGUGCAGGAUACCAUUGAGGAGAUAGAGGAAGAAAAGCAAUCGCUCGCCUCAGUGAAAUCUAUAUCUAUAUGGCAACUACUCUUAGAUCAUUCUGUGCGAUGGCAAGUACUGUCUGUAGUAGUGAUCAACAUGGGUAUGCAGCUCUCUGGAAUUGAUGCGAUCUGGUUUUACACAAAUGCUAUAUUUGAGAAUGCUGGCAUUCCCGAUCCUGAUAUCCCUUACACUACCGUGGGCACUGGUGCUAUUGAGGUUGUUGCUGGCUUAAUAGGCUGCUUCACCAUUGAAAAGAUGGGACGUCGUUCACUCCUCAUAGUGGGCUUCUGUUUUAUGGGCAUCUGUUGUGCUGGCAUCACCCUGUCCCUGGUGCUUCAGGCAAGUGUGUCCUGGAUGCGUUACAUCAGUGUGGCUUUUGUGAUUGGAAUCAUUGCAGGAUUCUGCAUGGGACCAGCUGGAGUCCCAUUUCUGUUGACAGCUGAACUCUUCAAGCAGUCACAUCGGCCAUCAGCUUAUAUUGUGGGUGGGUCCCUCAACUGGCUCUCGAACUUCACUGUCGGCUUUGUGUUUCCCUUCUUGCAGAUGUCAGCUGGUGAUUUCUGCUACCUGGUCUUCUGCGUUAUCUGCUUUCUAGUUGCACUGUAUGUGUAUUUCAUCAUCCCUGAGACUAAAAACAAGACAUUUAUGGAAAUCAACCACCUCUUCACCCCCUCUCGCCCUACCUUCUUCUCUAACUUUCCCAAUUCUUUCAAGAUGGUCAAGUUAAAUGGCUAUGGAGCCCUGGAGAACAGCUCCUUGGAAUUCUCUGGAUCAGGAUCGAAUCUCCCAUGAAGCUCUUCAAUUCAUCUCUAUCUCUCUGCAGAGGGGAAACCAUCUUGAUUGUUGUAUUUGGUCACUGGCCAAGGAUAAAUGAUUUGUCUCUUUGUUUUCCCUCCCCGGUCAAUACAAAAAGAUCCUUUGGGAGAAAAAAUGGAACAACAUCUCAUUCUAACCUAGAGAAGUUGCCUCUUACCACCUGUCUCUCAUUUUUAGCAUGUUCUACUUUCUAAUUUCUUUUACUUACACUUCUUUACAAAAAAAUCAUAAUACUCUCAGGGAACUGCUCAGAAAAUGUUUCAGAUGCAGUGGACAGAAUGCCUAUUUUCUCUAAA